AUGGAGGGGCGGGUCCCACCUGCCGGAGGUGAUGAAACCGACGCCAAUCCUCAAGUGGGGCGACUGCAACCACCACCGCCGCCACCCCCAAUACCACCACCUCCGCUUGCAUACCACGCCGAAACGUACGUAAUUCAAGUCCCUAAAGACCAAAUUUACCGUAUUCCACCUCCGGAGAAUGCCCUUAUCGCCGAACGCUACCGCGCACCGAGCAUGCAAAAGAAGAAGGCAGCACGACCUUGCUCCUUCUGCCUAUUGGUAAUUGGUCUCAUCUUGAUUAUUCUUGCUCUAAUUGGGAUUGCCAUUACAGCAUUGUCAUUUGCGUUUAACCCAAAAGCUCCUACAUUCUCUGUUGUGCAAGUCAUAGCCAAGAACCCUAAAUCUUCCCCUCAUAAACAUUCCCAGCCUGCUUACGAUAUUUCCUUAAGGGUCAACAAUCCCAAUGACUUCAUGGGAAUUUAUUACAGAACCGGCGGGGUUGCCACAUUAUCUUUCAAGAGCAAAAAAUUUGCCAAGGGAAAAUUUCCAAGGUUGUACCAGGACCUGAAGAAAUCUACAAAGAUUAAGGUUGUCCUAAAAGGAUCAAGCGCCACGUUGCCUCACCAAAUUGAGAAGAGUAUGAAAGACAAGAAAUCUAAGUUGCCAAUCAUGUUAGCUCUAAAUGUCAAAUUUCAGUUGAAGAUGAAACUUGGUACCAUGAAGACAUGGAUUAUUGAUACCCAGGUUGCAUGUAAAUUUAAGGUGAGUAAAUUGGGGGUGGGUUCCCGGAUCUUAUGGCAAAAAUGUCAGACAGAAUUCGAGUCCUAG